AUGGUCAAGGAAACAGAGUACUAUGAUGCCCUUGGGGUAUCACCGACAGCUACUGAGCUCGAAGUUAAGAAAGCAUACCGCAGGCUUGCGAUAAAGUUACAUCCCGACAAAAACCUUGAUGAUGAAACUGCGGCAGAAAAGUUUCAGGCUGUCAGGAUUCCUUUCUUAAUCUGCUUAGGAAAUAAAUGUUAUUGUGAUCUUAGGCUGACUCGGAAAUCCUUUAUUAGAUUAGCGAAGCCUACCAAGUCCUGAGCAACACUGAUUUGCGGAGACAGUAUGAUAAAUUUGGGAAAGAACGAGCUGUUCCGGACAGCGGUUUUGGUAGGAUUUUGAUUGAGACUCUCCGCAUGUAUUUUACUAGGGUUAAUGCGCUAACAGCUUCCAGAGGACCCUGGAGAGUUUUUCAGUAUGAUAUUCGGAGGUGAAGCCUUUGUGGAUUGGUAAAGCUUCUUCGUCGAUUGUUAUGGUUCGUUCACCCAGAGUUACGAGCUAAUAAUCUCUUUUAACCUGAAAGGAUUGGUGAAAUCUCGCUCAUGAAAGACCUGACGAGGACGAUGGAAAUCACGAUGAAGGACGCCGAAGAAGACGAGCUAGCGAGUGGUGACGAAGAAAAGAAAGCUUCCGAGAGCGAAGCUGGUCCAUCAAAUACUACAACUUCCGAGAAGAAAGCUUCCGUUUCCCAUGCGACAGACGAGGAAGCGCCCCCUACUUCUGCAUCCCCGGCCGAUCAUAAAGUGACACCUCCCUCGGACCCACUGGUUCGCCCAGCAGAAAAGUCAGAGAAAGUUCCAUUCACCUCUCCACCUAUAUCGAGAUCUUCUACCCCCCGUCCGAGAGGUGUACCAACAAGGCAAAUGUUAACGGAUAAAUCAGAGGAGGACGCCCGGAUGGACGCUGAGGGCAUGACUCCAGAGGAGAAGGACUUAAAACGGAAGGAGCGGGCGAAAAAGGGGUUGACCAAAGAACAGCGCGAGGAGCUUGCCGCAUAUGAAGCGGAAAGGCGAAAGAUUAGGCAGGAGAGGGUCGAUACCUUGGCUAAGAAAUUGGUGGACCGAAUUUGUGUCUGGACCGAAACAGACAAGGGUGUCGAGGUUACUCACUCUUUCAACGAAAAGACUAAAUAUGAGGUUGAAAAUCUCAAGAUGGAGAGUUUCGGGAUUGAUAUCUUGCACGGUAGGUCCCCCACGGUUCAUCCGCCCAGAUCAUUAUUGAAAUUAUUUGUGAUAAGCUAUCGGCAAUACAUACCUUUCUAAAGGCGCUUCUUUUGUCAAAUCCCAAAAGUUUCUCGGGAUCAGCGGUUUUUUUAGUAGGCUCAAGGAUAAAGGGAAUAUUGUCAAAGAUACAUGGGGAACCAUAUCUACUGCCAUAGAUGCACAAAUGACAAUGGAAGAAAUGGCAAAGAUGGAGGAGAAGGGAGGCGAAGAUUGGACCGAUGAGAAGAAGGCCGAGUACGAACGAAAAGUGACUGGCAAGAUCCUAGCUGCGGCUUGGAGAGGAAGCAAGUUCGAGAUUCAGAGCGUUCUCAGGUAAAGCUCCAAAGUGAUCAGCUCGGCUGAUAAUUCCGUUGCUAAUACAUCCGACAGGGAGGUUUGCGAUAAGGUUUUGAACGAAAAAAACGUUUCUCUAAACAAAAGAGUCGAGAGGGCGCACGCUUUGAUCAUGAUUGGAACUAUUUUCAAGAAUGUAUUGCUUCUAGUAUUCAGAUAGCCCCGCCUCUGGAACGUUUUCACUAACAAGCCCCAGGCGGAACGUGAUCCCGAUGAAGAAUUCCCUGAAGGUGUAUUUGAACAGCUGGUGGCUGAUGCAGCUAAAAAGGAGGGCGAUAAGAAGGAUAAGAAGGGGAAGGAGAAAAGGAAAUCUGGCUCCAGAAGUCGUGGCUCCGAGGAUCACGAAGAAGCUAAAAUGCCGAAUCUCAGUGCUUAG